GCUACUUAGUCAAACUUUCCUGGGGCUGGAAGGGAGGGACAGACAAGAGGGGAGGGGGAGGGAGUUGAUUGAUCGUCGCCUCGAACCCUCUGAUUGUCUUCUUCUCCCUUUGGGUCGCAGACCCGCUCCGUCUUAGUCCGACAAAAAAGAGUGUUCUUCUUUGGGAGGCGUGGAGGUAAAUAUUAAACAGAUCUCCAAUUUUUAAAAAAUACUUAUCUCCCUCUCCGCCGACCUGCCCUUGUAGAAGAAGUUGGCUUGAUCCUCGCGUGGCUCGGGAAGAAAAUGCCCCAGCUCAACAGCGGCGGAGGCGAUGAUUUGGGGGCCAAUGACGAGAUGAUCGCCUUUAAGGACGAAGGCGAGCAAGAAGAGAAAAUCCAGGCCAACGUCUUUACCGAAGGGGACCUGGCUGAUCUCAAGUCGUCCCUGGUGAACGAGUCCGAAAGCACCAGCAGUAGCAACAGCCAGACUUCGAACGCAGCAGCUGCAGUGGCAACAGCGGGAGCCCAUUCCGAGGCAAUCCGGCGGAUGCAAGAUCCUCAAAGAGUCUAUCAGGAGAAGCUCUCAGAUCACAUGGAAGAUGGUUUAAAACACCAGGAGCCAGGAAUGUACAAAGGAUCUGCUUAUUCUGGCUACCCUUUCCUUAUGCUGCCAGAUCCUUACCUGCCAAAUGGAUCUGUAUCACCUUUGUCCAACAAGGUUCCUGUAGUACAGCCGUCUCAUGGUGUCCAUCCGCUCACCCCACUCAUCCCAUACAGCAAUGAACAUUUCAGCCAUGGCUCCCAUUCGCCACACUUGCCAGCCGACAUCAACCAAAAACAAGGUGUACACCGUCCUGCUCAAACGUCAGACAUCUCCGGUUUUUAUUCCCUCCCUCCUGGUGGGGUUGGACAGAUAACACCUUCAAUGGGGUGGCAGAGCCAGCCUGUAUACCCUCUCCCGUCAUGUGGAUUUAGACAGCCCUAUACGUCGGCGCUCUCUGCUGGGGCUACUUUCUCUAGGCUAACACAUCCGUUGGUGCUCAGUCCUGGAAUGCAUGCCACAGGAAUCCCACACGCAGGCAUCACAUCCCCCUCUGGGAAACAAGAAACUGAUCAUUAUGACCGAAACAUGAAAUCGCAACCAGAACCAAAGAGGGAGAAGGAAGCCAAGAAGCCAACAAUUAAGAAGCCUCUGAAUGCUUUUAUGUUGUAUAUGAAAGAAAUGCGGGCAAAGGUUAUUGCUGAAUGCACCUUGAAAGAAAGCGCAGCGAUCAAUCAGAUUUUAGGAAGACGGUGGCACGCACUGUCACGGGAGGAACAAGCCAAGUACUAUGAACUGGCUCGCAAGGAAAGGCAGCUUCACAUGCAACUUUAUCCAGGCUGGUCUGCAAGAGAUAACUAUUCUUCAGGCUCUUCAUCCCGUGAUCACACACAGUUUAACUCAGGGCCCCUGGAAUUCAGCAGCACUUCGGGGCCAGUUUCUGCGGCAAGGGGAAAAAAGAAAAGACGAACAAGAGAAAAGCAGCAAGACUCCAACUCAGGAGGAAAAAGAAGUGCAUUCGGUACCUACAAGGAGAAGGACGCUGUGCCAGCCCAGUUUCUUCCGAUGGAAGUGCUAUAGACUCCCCUUCCUCCCCUUUGGAUGUGCUACAGUGUAUAUCCUCUGCUUUGACUUCAGACAAGCUUGCUGCCCCUGCUGAUUUCACACAUCAAACCCAAGCCAAACUUUUCCCUUUAUCUGUACAUCUCAAAACUA